CCUGGAGUACCUGAUGAGACACUUAGCUUGUCUGGUUGGGAGCUCCUCCAUCACAAAUAUGCAUGCUAAGAACUUAGCGAUUGUGUGGGCUCCAAACCUCUUAAGAUCACCGCAGAGCGAGUCUGCAUGCGUCAGCGGAGGAGCUGCCUUCAUGGAAGUGCAGACGCAGUCGGCCGUGGUGGAAUUCAUCCUGAACCACACGGACGUCCUCUUUGGCUCCAACUCCGCAUCAGACAUCGGAGAUGGAGCAGGUGAGUGUCUACCUCCAUUAGCUUUGUCUUGACCAGACACCCUGAUCAAAUCCAGACCUUCUCCAAGAUCUUUGACAUGUGCUUGUACUGUCGAGGAGACAGCAGCCUUCUGGGCUUAGCUAAGAGUAUGGCAUCCUGUUGCUGGCUCCUGAGAACGUCCAAACCCAGACGUGACAAGAAGAAAACUGCCACUGUCUUGAUGACGUUUUGCAUGCAGAUGAAGCUUGAUUGAAGUAUGGCAGUGAAGCUUUCUGACUUACCUGCCCCCAUUUUCUAGGGUUGUUGUUGGCCUGCUUAAAUGCAG